UCGACCGACUGUUGAGUCAACUUCGCAGUCAGAAAAAUUCAGAUUUAUAAAAUAGUCUGGAAAACGACUCGGGAUCAAACAUGGCGUUUCGAAGGCGCAACAAAAGCUACCCUUUCUUCAGCCAGGAGUUUCUCAUACAGAACCACGCCGACGUCGUCUUCACGUUGGUGAUCUUCAUCCUGAUUGGAUUGAUGUUUGAGGCCACAGCCAAGACUGCCAUAUUGUUCAUCCAGCCUCAGUACAACGUCACCACACAGUCGCCAGAGGGAGAGCUGACCUUGUACCAUUACGGAUGGAAGGACUGCGCCACCAUCCUCUUCUACUUCUUCAUCGCCAUCAUCCUCCACGCUGUCGUGCAGGAGUACCUGCUGGACAAAAUCAACCGCCGUCUUCACCUCUCCAAGAGCAAGAACACCAAGUUCAACGAGUCGGGUCAGCUGUGCGUCUUCCACCUGGUGUCCAGUGUGUGGAGCUUCUACGUGCUCAUCACUGAGGGGUAUCUGUUGCAUCCCAGCAGCCUUUGGGAGAACUACCCUCACGUGCACCUCAGGUUCCAGGUGAAGUUCUUCUACCUCACUCAGAUAGCUUACUGGCUUCACGCGCUGCCCGAGCUUUACUUCCAGAAAGUACGCAAGGUCAGUGACCCGGGAAGCGGAGGAGUUCUGGCGUCCUCCCAGACAAGCGCCUUCUUUGUGCUGACAAGUGGUGUGUGUGUGUCUGCAGGAGGAGAUCUCCCGGCAGCUGCAGUACAUCUGCCUCUACCUGCUGCACGUCGCUGCGGCCUAUUUGUUAAACUUGAGUCGGGUGGGUCUGGUGCUGCUCUUCCUCCAGUACGUGUCGGAACUGGGCUUCCACAUCGCCCGGCUCUUCUACUUCACCGACGAGAGUCACCAGAAAAUGUUCGACGUCUGGGCCGUCAGCUUCGUCUUCACCAGGAUGUUCACGCUGACGCUGAUGUUCCUCGCCGUCGGCUUCGGUCUGGCUCGCUCCGAGAACCAAGGCUUCGACCUGGAGACGGGGAACUUCAACACGGUUCUGAUAAGGAUGACCGUGCUCCUGCUGGUGUGUCUGACCCAGUCUUGGCUACUUUGGAAGUUCAUCCGUUUCCAGCUGAGACGCUGGAGAGAAUUCCGGCACGAGCAAGCUGUUCGCAAGAAGAGCUCGAAGCAAACGCUGCGGCCGGCCAAGAGGGACUCGGUGGGCUACCACGAAAACGGCAUCCUCAAAGCCGAGAACGGAACCUCCCCCCGCAUCAAAAAACUGAAAUCCCCAUAAGUAGAACUCAGUGACUGACCUGAACUGUGACCUUGGCCCUGCUGAAGGUCGCUCAUCAGCACAACCGGGGGGAGUCGGCCGCCGCUGCCAUCCACACUCGGACCGACUCUGUUCUGAGACGGUCCAGGACUGAAGACUUGUAUGCUGGAAAUCAAACGGAUAAAACUCUCUAUCAUCAUCAUCAUCAUCAGUAUUUUCUCCUCUGACAAUGACAAGUAACAGGUGUUUUGCACACAACUCAAGUACUGUACCUGUUGUUUUCAUGUUGAGCCAGCUCGCUCCUUGGUGCCAGGUCCACCUGCACGUGCCGUGACUGAGACAGGAGCUACUGUAGGAGCGCCGCUCUCUUCUGGGUCACUCAGCCAGUACACACAAAAAGGGAUCUGGACCUGUGUCCUGCAUCACUGGGCGUCUUCCAACUCUCCUCAGUACUCACCUUCCAGUCAUCCAGUGCAUUGUAUAUUCCCGCAUGUCAUUCCAUAUCUUCUCUAUUUUUGUUAAUUACUUAUUAAAUAUGCCAUUUUCACAAAUGAGU